AAAUCCCGUGUGUCGUUUAAGCCGGCAGUCGAAUUCCCCAGAGCAGUGUUCGCUCCUCACCUCUGUGGUCUGCCGAGCUAAAUUUUCCUUCCCGAGGUUCAAUCAUCUUCUUCACAACGUCACAGAAGUCAGUAUUAUAAUCAUAUCGAUCGAUCGAUCUGUCGAUCUGCUGGAGACUUUGAAGGUUGGUUGCACGGUGAGUCAAACUCGUGCUCUCAGGCAUUUUCUUUCUUCAUAUUUGGCCGAAAAGAUCAACACAUCUGUACUGCGUUCGAAGCAGAAGAAUGACAUCGGCCGAAGGAUCAAAAGGAGGGAGGAAGGUGGUCAUCGUGACGGGAGGGUCGAGGGGAAUCGGGCGCGAAGUGUCGCUGAGCUUGGCAGCGAAUGGGUGGUCAGUCGUGACAAUGUUCGCUGGGAAUGAGAAGGCUGCAGAUGUACUUGUAGCUGAGAUUUAUGAGAAUUGGGGCGCGGGGAAGGCCAUGGCUGUGAAAGGAGAUGUGUCUGUGGCAGCAGACGUGAAGAAUGCGUUCGACAGGGCGGAGGAGGCGUUCGGCCAUGUGAACGCGGUGGUGAACCUUGCGGGCACCAUCGCCUCCCACCUUCCCAAGCUGGCCGACACGACGGAGGAAGAAUGGGACAGAAUUUUCACGGUCAACACCAAGGGCACCUUCCUCGUGUGCAAGGAAGCUGAGAAGAGACUCGUGUCCGGUGGUCGAAUUCUCACCUGCAGCACCUCUCUGGCCGUCAUUCUCAAUCCGGGCUACUCUGCUUACGUCGCCAGCAAGGCCGCCGUCGAGGCUCUCACUAAGAUUCUGGCCAAGGAGCUCCGAGGCAAGAACAUCACGGCCAACUGCAUCUCCCCGGGUCCGAUUGCUGGUGAAUUCUUAUUUGCUGGAAAAUCGCCGGAGCAGAUUUCCGCCUUGACCAACAUGGCCCCCCUCGAACGCCUGGGUCAGCCCCAAGACAUUGCAGGCGUCGUCAAGUUUCUGCUCAGCGAUGAUGCCGCCUGGGUCAAUGGUCAAAUUCUCAGAGUCAAUGGCGGAAGUGGCAUCGCGUGAGUGAGAUCUGCCAUCAGAUGCGAGCUCAUCAGUUUGAAUGAACAAGAGAGAACACGGUUCUGGCAAGGAUCAGGACUGGCACUCUGUACACAAGUGUAACGGGCCCGUUCCACUUUAGAAUCCGUUUGACCGUCACCAACUUUUCCUGAAGCAGUGGCAGAAAUGCAAAAGAGCCAUGAGGCGAUCACCCGUCCGGACGGCCCUGAGACAUACCUUUGUUAAAUAUGCUAAGCCGAGCUCCACCGAAAAAAAAACCGUCAGUCCUUCGAUUCGUUGGUUCUCCAUGGAAGUUUUCACACACCUUGACCCGAAAUCAGUAAACAUCGUCAUCUCUACUAUAAAUUCUCUGGUGAUCAGCCCAGCUGCACACGCAGGUGAUCAUCGGUUGGCUUCUUGCAUUCGCGUAAUUGAUUCAUGACUGAGGUGUAACCCGCACCUUAAAACUCCAGAGUUCCUCGUUGUAGUGCGUAGUCGAGUUCAACUAUCUCAACUCUUUGUGAGAGCCUUCAGCGCCAGUGGCACACCUGGGUACCGAUGGAGAGCUGAUUGUGUCUAACAGAAGCUGAGCACCGAGGGUCCUCCAAAGGUUGAAUCUUUUGUUCGGUUCGGUUUUUCUUACCUCUCGUGAGUAAAGAUUUGGAGACCUUUUUAUUGAGGACGUUACUUGCUCGUAAACAAUCGGGGACCUAAAAUUGCUCGUUAUUUCACGGAAUUUAGUUCGUUCCAAAUAGACUAGACCGGCAAUCGAAUCUCAUAACGAGCAUUGUUCGGAUAACGGGUUUCAGUAGGACCAGUCCAGAUAGAGAAAUACAUUUAACUCCGAGCCUGAUUGUCUGCUCAAAUUUUUCUCUCUGUAUAUCUACGGAAAGGUCUAUUUGCUUUCCCGAAGACAUAAAGCGUAGCAAUUCUGUC